AUGUUGCAUAUAUACCGCACAACGGUACACGUAAAACGCGUGAUCGCAGGGCUCGAACGCAUGCACCGGGUGCUUCAGCCGUCUUCCGGUCGACAACGUUUUCUACACACAUCCUUGCCGGUUCGGUAUUGCAGUGCCAAUGUACAAACUUUUGACACGAUGCUUUCCGCUAGGCGGGCGGAAGCGAGACGCAGCAUCCUAGUCCAAGUGAGCUCCGAGCGAUCGUAUAACGAGUUGUUCCAGUACUGCUCACAGUUCGGUGAAAUCGAAAGAUCCUACCACUACCGGGUGGACGGGGACGGUGAUGACGACUGCCACUAUAUUCUGCUGGAGUUUGCUAGCUCAGAUCAGGCGGAUGCAGCCAUGCAAUCCGGGGUGUUUAGUUCCGAGCGACCCGGUGUCCGUGCGAGAUCGAUCUUUCUAUGGUUUCGCACUGGACCGAAACCAAAGCUUGUGGCACAGGAUCAACCAAAGCGUUCACUCGCUCUAGUGAACGGAACGCAACCGAUCGAUGACGCAGAACUGAAUGGGUUGCUUUUCGCAGCAGAAAGCAUAGACGACCAAGUGACGAUAAUGCAUCGCGCCACGAAACUAAACGACCUUGGGAAGCGAUUACGAUUUCUGGCCGUCCGUCAGUUGGAAUCUUCUUUGCAGGGAAUGUUCCCGCAGGCUGUAGCCCAUCCGUUUGGCUCGUCCGUUAACGGAUACGGUCGAAUGGGAUGCGACCUUGAUGUUAUACUGGAUCUGGAUUCUCGCUCGAAUGAUCCGUCAGAUCGGAACUCUCGUCUCGUUUACCACACGAAAGCAACGAAUCCCAACGAACGCACACAAGUACAGCGACAGCUAGAAUCGAUCGGUGACGUUCUGCAAUUGUUCCUGCCGGGUGUUAACAGCGUACGGCGGAUACUUAAGGCACGCGUACCUAUAGUAAAGUACCACCACGAGCACCUUGAUCUCGAGAUUGACCUUACGAUGAACAACACGGCCGGGGUUUACAUGUCGGAACUCUUGUUUCUGUUUGGACAGCUGGAUGCGCGUGUUCGUCCGCUUACCUUCUGCAUUCGCCGUUGGGCACAGGCAGUUGGGUUGACGAACCAAGCGCCGGGAUACUGGAUCACUAACUUUUCACUUACCAUGCUGGUCAUGUAUUUCCUACAGCAACUACCCAGCCCAGUUCUGCCAUCGAUCAAUAAGCUAAUCCAGUUAAGUGCAGCUUCCCAGCCGACUGGUUCAUCUCCCGUAACAGCUGCCUUUGGCGAAGGCGGACCCGAGUGGGUCUGUGCGUUUCUUAAAAACCCGCUUAUCUACGGCUCGUUUCGUAGCGAAAACCAGUCUACGCUGGAGCAACUGUUGGUGCAAUUUUUCGAGUUCUAUUCGCAAUUCGAUUUCAAUAACCGUGCGAUCAGUCUCAACAUUGGGUCAACCAUUCUGAAACCUGACCACAGUCCGAUAUACAUCGUCAACCCGCUAGAGACGAUGCUGAACGUGAGCAAGAACGUUAAUCUCGAAGAGACGGAGCUCUUUCGGAUGCAGGUGCGCAACGCCCUGUGGUUGCUGGAAACGCACGGGAAGGACACAACCGGCACUAAAGCUUCGACCCCAGUCGAGCUUUGGGGACUCGGGAGCCUGUUUGGUCCGAAACAGCACGAGCGUAUUACGCCGCAGAUGUUUUUCACGAAGCGAAUGUUGAACGUAAAGGACAUCUUCGAUGAGGUGCCGUCUGACGAGCCGCCCUUGAAUCAACGCCAAUAUCGAAAUUCGGCCGUUAAAAACCAAAUUGCCGCGAUACAGCGUGAUACCAAGGCGGAGAUACACAAGCUGACCAGCGUCGACGCUCGUAGCGGAAGCAUGGACGCAAGGACACCCUCCACUAUCGAAGGAACGGGCGUGAAGCUAAAGCGCAACACGAAGCGACGGUGAUUAGGGUUAUUUUGCGGCUGAAGAAUAAAAAAGUUCCACAGAGGAGUAGCAAAAUCAUGGCGUAGCUGUCCUGACGUCCACAUCCGCAAACGAACGGAAAUCCAAACGCGAUCGGUUGGGUUUAUAUUUGAUUUCUUUAUUUCGAUACA